AACACAUCCAAAACACGGAUAAGGUUGGAGAUUCAUUGGCACCACACAAAUCUUCUUCUUCCUCUUGCGUCUCUUCUCUCAACCACCCGCCACGACAACCCGGAUCCCCUCCCGGAGUGGAUUUCCGACUUCAUGCCCACCCACGGCGGCUACUUCAUUUGCAACGCGGGCCCCUCCAACACCGAACAACCGCAGGCAGAGGCGACGCUGUCGAAAGAUGGGCGGCCGGAAUACCGAGACGGGAAGGAAGGGGGGUUCGGGGAUGGUGUCCAUGGAUGAAGAAAAGCAGUCCAAACCAGCUUCAUUGGCUGCCUCUGUUGAAUCUUUGCUGGCUGUGAAGGGGCCUUCCUCUUCCUCUUCUUCUUCAUCAACCAAUCUCAAGAAAUCAGGCUUGAAAAAUGAGUGGGCGACAGCAACUUCAGCACUGUCAAAGCUAAUGAACCUGCUAAGCCGCUCCUUUUUGUCUAGGGUUUUUGUGUUAAGUUUACCCGGUACAACUUCUCGGUUAGAAUUUCAGGGCUUCAGUUCACAUUUCAAGUAGACAGAGAGGUAGAUUUCAACCAUCCACCUUGCGUUAUUUCUCCGCUGCGGUUUUGUGACACGCGACGACGGCAUCCAAGAAUUGCAGGGCGAGGAAUAUCUGGCAUCUCAGUUUCCACCCAACCCUAGAAAUGAGGAGACAGAUUCAGACCCUUGAUUCUACGACCAUCGAAGUGGAAAUGAAGCACAGAGCAUAUGAAAAAACUGUAGAAUUCAGAAUUUGCUUUAGAAUCCAAGAUGUUGCCUUGCGCAUAAUUGUAACUGGAUAAGGUUAGAGAGGUCAUUGUUGCAGGUAUGGUGCUCAAACUUCCAUCAUCUCUGCCAGUGAGCUUUAAGCAGUAACAUUUUUCUUUAGUCUUUCGGAAAAUUUGGACCGCACAAUCCAAUAAAAAAAUAUGGUGAAGCUUCUCGCAUACUCAUUUUAGUCUGUGGAUUACGAGUGCAUAUUGGAUAUUGGACUCCGUAUUUUAGAUGUACGGAGAGAGUGUGUGUAGAGUUCCGCCAGAUCAGCAGAGAUCUAAUCUUCUCCGGGAAGCAGCUUGAAGACAGCCGGACCCUUAUUGGCUACAUCUAAAAAGAAUCUACUCUGCAUAUGGUGUUGAGGCUCUGUCGUGGAAUCUCUCUAUGUAACUCCAUGUUCGGCAAAAUUAAAUGGGGCAGAUGUCUCCUCCGCAGACCAACCUGAUAAAAUUAGCUCCGAUUCAUUCGGCCACACCCCCCGUCCAAUUACAGAGUGACAGUUAAGGAGGCAUGUGGGUUAAGUUUUCCUUUGGUUGAAGUAGUAGUACGUAAAGGACCCCUUGAAGCUAGGUUUUUAAUAUAAAAGUGUUCGGUUUACGUCGUUGAUUACUUUUUUAAAGGGAAAGACAUUGUUUUUCCGAUACAAAAUAUACAAUUAACCAAACUCCACAGAUUGAAAUAACUAGUGCUUAUAAAGGAGACUGCACUAAGGUACUUGGUUUGCAGCAAAUGGUCGAGGCCUUAUAUAUGUUGAAUUAGGAUAAUGCUUGGCACGAAAAAGAAGCUGUGAGGUUUUCUUUGUGCAUAUCUCUAAAAAUGUAAGGUUUAGGCAGGUAAAACACCAAAUUUUUAGGGCAUUGAUAUGUAGUGAGGUGCUUGUGCUUGCAUAUUAGGCCGAUAUGACGCGUUUUUUCAAAUAGUAUCAGGAUUGUCCCAAUAAAGGAGAGGUAGGGUA